GUACGCAACGAUCCGAAGGGACAGCUGCCAAAGAAGAUGGUGAUGAGCACGUCUCGCAUGUUUGGUGGCAUUCCGCUGAAAAGGACGCUCCAGAACAGCAUUCAGAAUGCUGGCGGAGAGCCGCAUGGCCAUGUGUCGAGUUCGUCGAGCGAGUCAGAUGACGCAUCAUCUGACAGCUCGACGGACUCCACACAAACAGGGGAGCAUCCAGAAGCAGACACCGCUGCAGCCGUGGACGAGAAGGCUGGUGAGCUGAUGGUCCCGCCCGUGUCAAAGGUUCCAUCUAAGGCGGCGCCUAAGGUCUCGCCCAAUGCGCCGCCGAAGGGCACCGUCCGGACUGCGAGUACCGUCAGAGCGCAGUGGGAGCAAGCUAGCUGGGACGAGACUGUGAGUCGCUGCGGCAGAAAUGCUCUGCACGUGCAUUGGUUUUUCAGCAGCUUAGCCUCUGCAACGGCAGUUGUUGUGGUUUCCCUGCACCGUUAG